AUGGAACUGGCCCUCACCAGCCUCUUGCUCUCGCUUCUCCCUGGGGGCCUGUGGGGGACCGAGAGCCCCCUGGCUCUCCCAUCUAGCCCUUCCCUGAGGAGUACCACUGGGUUAAACUUGGAUUCAGUGUGUGGACGUCCGCAGGCGACCAGCCGCAUUGUGUCGGGGCAGGACGCCCAGCAGGGCCAGUGGCCGUGGCAGGUCAGCCUGAGGGAGAACAAUGAGCACGUGUGUGGGGGCGCUCUGAUCACCGAGGCCUGGGUGCUGACGGCAGCCCACUGCUUCUCUAAGGACCAGCCCCUGUCUAACUACUUCGUGCUACUGGGCGCCAUCUCCUCCUAUCCUGAAGACGGUGAGCCUGGGGAGCUCCGAGCCGUAGCCCAGUUCAUCACGUACCCGAGCUACACGGAGGAGCACAAUGGUGGGGACAUUGCCCUGGUGCAGCUGGCUUCCUCCAUCACCUUCAGUGACCUUAUCCUUCCAGUCUGCCUCCCUAAGCCUGGAGACCCCCUGGAUCCUGGCACCUUGUGCUGGGUCACCGGCUGGGGGUACAUCAACACAAAUACAUUGCUGCCUCCACCCUUCACCCUGAAGGAAGUGCAGCUGCCCAUCAUCGACUCUGAGACCUGUGACGCCUACUACCACGAGGACUCCGGCAUCCCCAGCCAGGAGCCCCUCAUCCUGGAGGACAUGCUGUGUGCUGGCUUCGAGGACGGCCAGAAGGACGCCUGCCAGGGUGAUUCCGGAGGCCCCCUGGUCUGUGACAUUGAUGGCGUCUGGAUCCAGGCAGGGCUGGUGAGUUGGGGGUCCUACUGUGGCCUCCCCAGGAAGCCAGGUGUUUACACUAAUGUCAGCUUCUACAGAACAUGGAUUAUCGACACAAUCUGGAGCUCGACCUCAAAGGAAAGAAACUACUCUCCAAGACUUGCUGGGACCUACUCUGGUCUGUUGCUGCUUCUGGGACUGCUGGGGGGUACCCUCGUCUCCCUGGGGCUUGCCUAA